GCAGGAUCCAGUGAGCAGAGAGUUACAGGUGAAACUUCAACACAAAGAGAUUUUGUUGAAACUGAGAAAAUGAUCCUAAAGGGUGGAUUCCUCCUGUUCCUCGUCCUCGCCGUGACUGCGCAGGGUGAUUACGAACCGGCACUGAGACAAACUCGUUUUAUAGCCAGCACUCCAUCGGAAGUGACGCGCUGUCUCAGCAGUGCUCUGCAGGUCGGCUGCAGUGCGUUCGCCUGCCUGGAGAGUUCCACAUGCGACACUGACGGCAUGCACGACAUCUGCAACAUCUUCCUCAAUUCUGCAGCAGUUUUGAACACAGAGGGCAAGACCUUUGUCAAAGAGAGCAUCAAGUGCAUUGCUAAAGGCAUCACUUCCAAGGUUCAUCAGACCAUCCGGCGCUGUGCUGCCUUCCAAAACAUGAUCACUGAGGUGCAGGAGGAAUGCUACAGCAAGCUGGGCAUCUGUGGAGUCGCACGUUCUAACCCUGAUGCUAUUGGAGAAGUGGUUAAAGUGCCCAAACAUUUUCCAAACAGGUAUUACAGCACUCUGCUGCAGAGCCUGAUGGAGUGUGAUGAGGACACGGUGGGCGUGGUUCGGUCGGGGCUCGUGGCUAAACUGGGUCCAGACAUGGACACUCUGUUCCAGCUGCUGCAGAAGAAACCGUGCUCUGCUGACGGCGAGACAGACGGUCAGGACAGUUUCCGCUGGCCCCUCGGACCCCCGACCUUCAAGAUACAACCCAGUUUACACAACAGGGAUCCAAAUCAUCUUUUUGCCAGGAAGCGUUCAGUUGAAAAUGAAACACCAAACCAAUAAGAUAAAUAUGUGAAUGUUUCUUGUAUUGCUUCCACAAACGUUGUUAAUUCUGCUUACAAAUUUAACACAAAUUUUUAUUUUAAAUAUUUACCAUAGCUAAAUUCAUUAGUCUGUAUAUUUAAAUGACACUGGAGAUAGAUAUUUAUAGUUAGACAAUUCUAUAUAUGCUUAUUUUCUUGGUUAAUAAUUUAUUUAGACUUGGUCUGUUCAUUGGUCUGUUUGUUUUGUUAAUGUCUAUUUAAAUGCUUGCUAUAGCACAGAGAAAAAAGUUAAUUCCUUAUGCUGGCCAUAGGAAUUAUUAUGGUUUAAGGUUUGAUAACACAGCUAUAGUUUUGUCCUGAAUAUUAAUAAAACUUUAAAUAUGUUUAAAAUAA